CAUCUCGCGUCAUCUCCACUCCUCUCCUCUUCCGCCUCUUGUCUCUGGUUGCUCUCUCUCUCUCUAACUUUAACCAUGUUUCACUCAGUUUCAUGUGUUUGACAUCUCAUGUAGCAGCCGCUCGUCGUGUGUGACAGUCGGACGGGUAGUUGUGUUACAUGUUUAGUCCUCCUGAACUGCUGAACAGAGAGAAACUGUCACAUUCAGAAACAAACCGAAGCUAGCUGCUCGUUAGCUACCUAAGCUAACAGCUGAUUAGCCUUCAGGAGAAUAACGUCGCUGUGAGGAAACCAACCAGGCUCAAAGCUUCUAUGAGCUACGUCUGUUUGGUCCGAUCAGAGGAUGUAUCCGCCUUCCAGAAAGGACUUCAUCUCUCUGACACUCAGUGAUCCGCACAGUCACACUUACAACAACGGCAAACACCGGAGACAGUCCUGCUGGAGGAAAUGGAAGCAGCUGUCUCGGCUCCAGCGAAGCCUCAUCCUGUUCCUGCUGGCUCUGCUGCUCAUAUUUGGACUGAUCUCCUAUCCCAGCAUCACAGAGCAGUGGAGAGGGUUGUCUGACAGGGAGGAGUGGCUGGAGAUGAAUGACAGAGAAGUGAAGUAUGUUGCUCCAGAUGUGAAGUCUGAAUUGGACCAAGAUCCAGGUAAAGCUCCGCCUCCUGUGGCAGGGCCACACGUGGGGCCAGCUGUGGAUCCAGAUGCGGGUGCAGAUGCUAUGGUGAUGGAGCCCAGAGGACCAAUUGUGCCCAUUCUGCCUAAACCUCGCAUUAAGAAUAAGGCAUUCCCCAACAAGAGAGGUCCUCCGAACCUGCACAGAGAUGGAAAUAUUUCAGACACAGUCGGUGGGGAAAAGCCAGUGCAAGAGGUGGUUCAAGAUGAAGAAGGAGAGGAGGAGGACAAAGAAAAGAAGAUCGUCAGCUGGAGAGGAACGGUGAUCGAAGCCGAGCAGGCCACAGAGCCGCCACCCUCGGCCAAUGAGAAAGAAGCUGCGGCGCCCCCAGCCGACCCUGCUGACACUGUCCCUCCGGAAGUUCCAACUGAAACUGUGGACAGACUGGAGGCAGUACGCGAUGCCUUCAGACAUGCAUGGAAAGGCUAUAAGGACUACGCCUGGGGUCACGAUGAGCUCAAGCCUAUCUCCAGGACUUUUGGCGAGUGGUUCGGACUCGGUUUGACGCUCAUUGAUUCUUUGGACACCAUGUGGAUUUUGGGCCUCAAAGAAGAGUUUGCAGAAGCGAGGGACUGGGUAGAGAAAGAGCUCACCUUCGACAAGAACGUGGACGUGAAUCUUUUUGAGACAACCAUCCGAGUCCUCGGGGGCCUGCUGAGUACCUACCAUCUAUCAGGAGACCAGCUCUUCCUAGAGAAAGCUAAAGAUCUCGGGGCCAGGUUGAUGCCUGCCUUCAAAACUCCCUCAAAGAUCCCGUUCUCAGACGUCAACAUCGGGAAGGGAACGGCCCACCCCCCUCGAUGGACGUCAGACAGCACGCUGGCCGAGGUCACGAGCAUUCAGCUGGAAUUCAGAGAGCUGAGCCGCCUCACCCAGGACCCGCAGUACCAGGAGGUUGUGAAUGAGGUGAUGAAGCAGGUCCACAAGCUGCCAGGCAAACACGACGGCCUGGUGCCCAUGUUCAUCAACACCAACAGCGGCCAGUUCACCCAUAAAGGAGUCUUCACACUUGGUGCCCGGGCAGACAGCUACUACGAAUACCUGCUCAAACAGUGGAUCCAGGGAGGCAAGAUGGAAGACGACCUGUUGGAGGACUACCUCCAGGCCGUGGAUGGAGUGAGAAAACACCUUGUGAGACGGACGGGGCCCAGCAGAUUGACCUUUGUUGGAGAGUUGUCCCACACCCGCUUCAACCCUAAAAUGGACCACCUUGUUUGCUUCCUGCCAGGAACCUUGGCACUGGGGGCCCACAACGGCCUCCCGGGGGACCACAUGGAUCUGGCUGUGCAGCUGAUAGAGACGUGUCAUCAGAUGUACAAACGGAUGGAGACUGGGCUGAGCCCAGAGAUCGUACACUUCAACCUGAUGUCCAGUGAUGGGAACGAUCUCGUUGUCAAGCCUGCAGACAGACACAACCUGCUGAGACCAGAGACGGUGGAGAGUCUGUUCUACAUGUACAGGUUCACUAAGGACACCAAGUACAGAGACUGGGGCUGGGACAUACUGCACAGCUUCAAUAACUACACUAAGGUCCCCGGCGGCGGCUACACGUCCAUCAACAACGUCCGUGACCCCGUAAACCCCGGGCCCCGGGACAAGAUGGAGAGUUUCUUCCUGGGCGAGACGCUGAAGUACUUGUACCUGCUCUUCUCUGACGACAUGGAGCUGCUCAGUCUAGACAAGUACGUCUUUAACACAGAGGCCCACGCUCUCCCGAUAUGGCCCUCCCCACCCAAGUGAUGUCACAUCACAUACGGGAGACGUCUGUAAAGAUCAGGCCCGCAGAGUCCUGUGUGAGUCAGAGACUGUUAUUGCCGCUCGGUCAGGCAAUUCUCUUAAAGCGACCGUCCAGGCUGGACCGCUGUGUUGAGCAGUGACGCAGACCUGUGCCGUCCGCCUGGUCUUUGAUACGUUUUCCUUGUGGAGGAGUUUGUUUUAGUUUUUUUUUUCCCUUUAUUUUUCCUAAGGAAAAGGUUUGUGUUAGAGCUGGUCUCUAAUGUAAAAAGCUUUUUUAAAAUCAGCUCAAGAUGGAAGUUGGUGGGAGGGAUUUAUUACGAGGGUGACUGGGAUAGUUCUUGUAUGUAUGUGGCAACAACAAUCAUGUCAUCACUGGGUUUUUUUCUUUGCGAUAUGAGGUGAAAAUCCUCAUUGGUCUUAAAUAGUCAGGUGUCAUGGCUGUGAAGGAGUCCACACAUUAAUUCUGUGAGCUCACCGAUGUUUGAAGGUGCUGUAACCAAUGAUAGAAAUCUCUGGAGCGUGUUCAGCUACAUUUAUAUUUAGCAGAUUGCUCUCAUGGAGGAGUCUUAUAUGUAAAAGUCUUUACUUUGGCGGCAGCCAGUGCACUUGCUCAUGUAUAAAAGUGACAUUAAAAUACGUGAACUUGUA